CCCGUCCCCUCCCCUCCGUCGGGACUCCCUGCUUCUCGCGUCGGUCCGUGGCUGUGGAGCAGUUCCGCGCAGAGCGCAGCGCGCAGCGCCACGCUGAAGCCGGAGCCGAAGCCGAAGCCCCGGUCCGCGGCACAGAGCAGCUCCUCCGCAGGAUUUAACGGAGGGAGCGGAUCCGCCGAGCGCGUCAGGUGAGGUGAGGACAAGGACAAGAUCUUCAUCGUCCCCAUCUAUCCGUCAGCAAAUCGAGUGCCUCGCUGCAGCACCCAACAAUAAAAGUCUUGACCCAGUGUCCCUCCGAGGACCUGCCCAAAGCAAAUAUUUGAGGCCAUUAUAUCUCAUUUCCAUCGAAGGGAUCAACAGUGAAGGGUGCUGUUCGGAGACGGAGAGAGGAGAAGACGUGGGGGAGGAAGGAGUAACCCUUUCAAAGUGCUAUUUCUGCUGCUCUGUGGGCAGAGAGCGUCUCAUUAUGAGAGCCCUUGGCUGACAAAAAAAGGACUUUCGUGUGCCCUGCCUGCUUAUCCAAAGGCUUGAGUAAAUACGGGAUAGAGAUAUUCAUUUGGUUGGGAACCCUGGAAGCUAUCUAUAGUAGAUGUUACAACAAACUUGUGGUCCCUGUGGUGUUCUGGAGUUCUGUUAGCCCCUUAAAGAGCUGGAGGAAUGAGAACUACCACGGUGAACUGCUGGCUUUGAAAACUUCACCGGAUCAGCAGCAGGCUACUGGAGCUACUGGAGGGCUGCAGUCGUGCUGAUUCACAAUGAAGCCCCUAACACCGAUCGGGUCCCCGUCGCCUCUGAGGCUCCUCAACAAGGGUCCAGAUUACCUGCGCCGGCAGAUAGACGGCGGAGGCCACGGGCGCUCCGUCAGUGCGGUCGAGAGGCUCGAAGCGGACAAAGCCAAAUAUGUCAAGAGCCAGCAGGUGAUCAACAACAAGCAGGAGCCCGUGCUGGUGCCCUGCGCCACCCCUCCGCCCCGGCGAGCGGCCCCCAGCCUUGGGAGCCUGACGCCUCAGCUCAGCCCACGCCGCUCGUGCAGCACGCCGUUUUCCACGCUCUCCGGCUCCUUCACCUCGAGAGACGAGAAUGAAAACGACGACUCCAGAAAGGAGAACAGACGCACUUCCGUUGACGUCGAGGCGCACAACAGGAGUAAUGUGAACAACGUGCUGCCUCCCAGCCCCAGGACACCCGGAAUUAACACCCUGGUAGCGCCGCACAGUGCUCCCGUACUCAGGAGGAGCACGGGCAAGCGCAUGCUGAGGCCGGACUCGCUCGUCAUCUACCGGCAGAAGAAAGAGUGUAAGAGUCCCAGUGGGGCGACGGUGGUGGACAACAGCAACAUGGAGAUAAAGGGCUACAGCUUCGUCCGCCGCCUCUUCCAGGGCUCCAUGAGGGAGAAGAGUAGCGGCAGCGAGGGCAGAGUCCAGAAGAUGGUGAUCAGUGAAGAGAAAGCACCACCGCGGGACGGAGACUCUCGAAUGUCCUGGACCAACGAGAAGGACAUGACGGACGGAGGCCCCGCGAGCAGGAGGUCCAGUAGGACUGACCAAGAGCGCAGCCCGGCGUCCAUCCCCAGCCCUGGAUUCAGCUGCAUACUUGAAUGGACUAAGAGCGAGUUUACGAAUUGCACCAGCGAUGGCAUCAACAGCGGCAUCGCCAAUGGCAACCACGCAAGCAGUCGGGAUGAGAAUGACCCGUGGAAGCGGGCGUCGCCGCCGGCACCCAGGAGGCAGUUCGGGGCGUUGCAGCGCUCGAAGUCGGACCUGCGCCUGCGCUGCUCUGUGGCGUUGUCAGAGCAGGAGCAUUUCUUUGACUUCUGCGGGCUGGACGUGGACAUGAUCGAGCGUCUGGGUCGGGAGAACUUCCUCUCCGGCGCCAGCUCCAUAGACACGCUGUCGCUGGCGCUCCGCAGCGUGGGGGGGGACGCCGGCGGCUCGGAGCCCAGCGAGUUCUCCCGCCACUCGGGGGACGGGCUGUUUCAGGAGGAGCUGGCUGAGCAGGUUCCCACCGGCGUGUCCAUCAUCGAGAGGAACGCCCGCGUCAUCAAGUGGCUUUACGGCUGCAAGAACGCUGCUCGGGAGGGACCCAAAGAGUCCACGGUUUAAUGAAGGGACGAGGAGCCGUGUGCCACCGAGUGCUAACGCUAACCAAACACGACUUAGCUAGUCUGACAGAACAGCAAAGCACACGACCUGCACACAUUCGCCCAGACGCGUUAAUCAGUGACGUGUGCGGCCUCCGUGUAAUGCUUUGGUGCUCAGAUGCAGCAGAGGCCAAAAUUCAAAGUGGUGAAUCAUCAGUGAGGUUUUCAGACACAGCACUGACUCCGGGCUGUGAUUAGCGCUGCAGCACAGGAGGAAGAAACAGGACUCGGUCCUGCUCUCAAGCUGCAGGCAGCGCGGCUGAGCUUCAGCAAAGCAAAACGCAACUCGAUCUUUGAAUUUUCAAAUUAGAGUCAGUUCGUGUUUCUUUGUAACGUCUGCACUCGAUGGCACAUUUAGUCCCUUGGCUUCCCAACUCCAAAGAGACUGUUUGUUGAAAUGAGAGGUCAGAUUGGUUUAUCGUAUUUAUGGAUCCAUGGAAGUAUUGCGUGGGUGGAGCUCGGCCUGAUUGAUGAGUGGAAAUGAUGCAAAAUGUUUGAGUUUGUGUGGAAGCGCUCGGUCGCUGUCUUAACCACUUCACUUACUGACACACCCCGAUUGAGAACUGAUCUAAAAUCAGCUCGUGACCCUUCACAAGGCACAUAAGAGUAUGCUUGUCAUGUCACAGUGGACUUUAAAAUGGAAAACCACUAAGCUAUGUUUGUUAUAAACUCAAAAAACUGUUGUGUGAGUGUGAAGUGAACCAUAAGUACCUCGAUGGAUCUGCCCCAGUUUAGUUUGUGUUGCUUUUUUUUACUCCUUAAACGCAGGCGUUGGAACAAACAUGUGAGGCACCCCUGUGGGGUUGUUAAUGCACUGAACUGGACCGAAAGAGAGGAAAUGGAACCCAGAUAUAUAGAUCUGCCUCUUUACAGACGCUCGUCCCAGCACUGGGCAGCUCCAGAGUCAUGCCUGGCUAGGCCGCAGUCCGACACAACACGCUGUCCAUUAAUACUUUGUGACAUAGUUAUCGAUUCUCCCUGUGCAAGCUGCCACAGUCAUAAACAGGUGACGGCGGCCUGUUAAUGGUCAACGGUGCCAAAGCGCUGGACUUUGGCAAACACACAGACUUUAAAUCACGAAAUUCUAGAUUCGCCUCAGAAAGUAAAGCUGUCUGGACCUUUAGGAUGUCACAUUUACCAUCUGGCAGUUUACGGGCGUUCAACCUCCCCAGCUGGCUCCAUCCGCCUGCUUCCCAUCAAAACACCCCCUCCCCCCCCCCGAUAGCUGCAGAUCCCACCUCACGCCAUUCAUCCCUCCGUGAUUUUCACUUUAUUUCCAUGAAAGGUCGUUACCAUCGUGCGACUUGGAGGAUGUCACUGAAAUAUGAGCGGGGGGUCUGCAGAGGUAUGUGGAGGUUAGACUGUUAGCGUUCUGCUACACAUCAUGAGCACGACACACACCUGAAACUCCUUCAGUUGGACUCUGGACUCUUUUCAGUUGCUUUGUUCCCCAAAUUGUUCGGCUGCAUGUUUACAAAGUGGCUCCAAAACGUCUGAAUCUCUGAUUUUAUUUGAUAUAUAAAUAUAUAUGAGAGAUUUUACUUUUAUUCCAAAGAAGUUUAUGUAUAAAAUCCACCGAAUAAAGCCAAAUAAAGUCAUAAUUGUGUGAGA